GUGGCAUUUGCCUUUUAUCAAGUAAAAGUUCGAAUUAUAUCACGUUUUAUUUCAAUUUAUAUUAUAAUAUUUAAAUCUGUGUCUUACGAACAUAAACUCAAAUCAAGAGCUUGAUAUAUUUAAAAAAAACAAUAAUUUAUAUUAAAUAUUUCGACAUCGACGUGUAAAAGUGAAAUAAUAAUAAAUUAUUAUAUUAUCCUCAUAACUAAUUAUCAAAAUUUACUGAUAUGCUCUAACAUAAUAUAUUCUAUGAUGACCUUUUAAUCGAAUUUUCAAAGGUAAUUUUCAAUAAGCGCAGUAUGCUAUAAAAUAAUUUUGCCAAAUUUUAUCAUAUAAUUUAUUAGAACAGAAAGUUAAGUUAAAGUACAACAGAAUGACUGCCAACGGAAUAGUUAAAAAGAAAUUACCCUGCAAUACAAUAAGUAAUGUUAUCAAAUGUUGGCAGUGGGAUAUAUCUCCAUUUAUUGAGAAUGUAAAACAGAAUGGCACCAAAUAUGCAGUUGUCAUUUUAAAUCGUCCCAUAACUCAAAAACAGGACUUUGUCAAGUGUUUGUGGAAUAAUGCCACAGUCAGAGUUACGGUAGAUGGUGGAACAACUCAUUGGAACAAUUUUUAUAAAAGCCUUGCAAAUGAAGACAAUAAGAAUAUCAAGUUGCCUGAUCUAAUAACUGGUGAUUUUGAUUCUAUCACCCAAGAUGUUCUACAGGAGUUUAAAAAGAAAGGUUGUGAGGCUGUGCACACACCUGACCAAAACUUCACAGACUUUACAAAGGCCCUAAUAGAAUUGAAUAAUUAUAAUGAACAGCAUAAAAUAGAGUUGGAUCACAUAGUAACAUUAGGCCAGAACUCUGGCCGCAUAGACCAAAUUCUCGGCAAUAUUCAGACACUUUUUCUGGUCAGAGAAAUGCACAUACUGCCGCCAAAAACAAAUGUGUAUAUAAUGUCUGAUGAUACGGUAUCCUGGCUUCUUUCGCCUGGCGACCAUGUUAUUUAUGUGCCACAGGAGACCAGGACGUUUAAACGGUCGUGGUGCUCUUUGGUGCCUGUCGGAGAAUGUUGUGACGCGGUUACAACUAGUGGACUUAAGUGGAACUUGAAUAAUCAGCCAUUAAAAUUUGGCUCCCUCGUGAGUACGUCGAAUACAUUUGAUCGAUCAGAACUGGUUAAAAUAAAAUGUAGUCACACACUACUGUGGUCUAUGAGGGUGCCGAGUUUAACUGAAAAGCAACGUAAGAAACAAAUUGAUUUAUUAAGCUAAUGCUGCUUACAAAUAAUAUUUAUGCCUAAUAAGGAAGUGGGUUUCAUAGUGUUAGCUAUAUAUAACAUUCAAUCACGCAAAAAUACUGGAUUCUCGUAAUCCAGCAGGGUUAUUUUGUAAAACCAUACUUCAUGACCUCCUUACUGUACUUAGAAAGAUUAUCGCUAAAUAUCAAGCCCUUAAAUGUAAACUUAUUAUAAUUAUUUAAGGGUAAUUACACUCUGUACUUAGCAGAAGACAACGCAUUCUGCAUACGAAUUAUAAAAUCGUAACGCAUGCCUUAGGCAGUGCUAGCCAAGAGGGUUUUUAAAACAUAGACAAUCCUGGUUUUAUUUCCAAAAAAUUAGGUCAAUAAUUUACCGCCACGAUUGAGGAAUUUAUAAAAUUAACGUAAAAGCACAAUGUUUUAAUAAAAAGUUCUUGUCGCUAGAUUUAAUUCUUUGUCUGUGGGGCUUGCACAGUUGACAACUGAUAAUAAUAUUAAGUUCAGGGAGAUACAAAAUAGCCGUUAUGACAUCUAUAAUGACGCGUAAAGUGUUUAGAAGAUGAUAAAUCAAACAAAAAGCGAUGUUUCGUUAUGGAAGGUGUGUUUGAUUAUGUCGGUAAGUAUGAGGACCAAAAAGCUGUUUUUGAUGGAUUUUCGUGUAGUCGACAAGUCAUGCUCAUCAGUACGUGAACGAUGAAAAGUAGGAUGAUUACUGGAAUACCUUGGAGUCUAGCAGUUCUCAAGUGGAAAGCUCGUUUCAUAAUAAAAAUGCUAAUAUUGUAUUUUUUUAUUCAGACGUAAUUUGUGUAUAUUAGAUGCUUAUACACGUACUUAUAAAGCACCUACAUUAUUUUAUAUUUUAGUAUGUUGGGUUAAUUUUAUUAUUGU